AUGGAGCGGGAACAUGCCGUGCGUCUGUUGGCGGUGUGCCUGGCGCUGCCCUCCCUCGUCUACUACAUCCUGAUGGGCAGCGACAACAGCACCGUCAGAUACCAUCCGCUUCCUACUGAGCAGUCGUCACCGUCACCUCCAGCGGUUGACUCUUGCGCCACGUGCGACCUGGAGUUCGAUAUUGACGUGGGUGGCGUUCGCGCAGACGACCCGGAUGAGCUGUGGUGGAGCGACUGGGAGAAAGUGCAGCGCAGCAGAAGGGAAGCGCUCGCCCACGGAUGCAAGCACCACAAGAACCUCCGCGGGAAAUCGUUUUUCAAGCUGGUCACCAACCGACGCUAUCUCUACAACCUCGUGAUCGACGACAGGCACAGGACUGUGUAUUGUUACGUGCCGAAGGUUGCAUGCACGAACUGGAAGCGCAUGAUGAUGAUUCUCUCCGGAAGAACGAACAAGACCGACCCGCUCGCCAUCCGCUCCUACGUCCCUCACGUCGAAGGGGUUCUGCCCAGACUCUCCUCCUCGCGAAUGACGAGCUCGCUGCUCCAUCACAAACUCCGAACGUACACCAAGUUCCUGUUCGUGCGGCACCCCGUGGAGCGCCUCGUCUCCGCCUACCGGAACAAGCUGGUCAUCAACUCCACGUCGGCGGCAGACUUCAAGCGCAGGUACGGCGUCAAGAUCCUGAAGAAGUUCCGCAAGGGCGACGCCGUGCAGAACAUCUCGAAGACGGGCCACGGCGUCACCUUCGCCGAGUUCGUGUCGUACCUGAUCGAGAAGCGCCACGACAGCCCGCAGAGCAUGAACGAGCACUGGGCGCCCUACGUGGAGCUGUGCCACCCGUGCUUCAUCAAGUACAACAUCAUCGGCAAGUACGAGACGCUGGAGGAGGACGCCGAGUACGUGUUGAGGAAGAUCGGGGCGCCGCCCAAGCUGCACUUCCCGCCGCUGGUCACGUCGAAGACAACCGCGCUCGUCGAGUCCCACAUGAACACGCUCACGCCCGCGCUCAGGAAGAAGCUCUACGACGCCUACCGGCUCGACUUUAAGCUCUUCGGGUACGACUAUGUGAGGGAGAAAGAUUAUGUGACUCAAGAAAAUGGCAGUUCAUAUCUUACUCAAAUGCCAAGUAAUUACGCCAAUUGGUCGUUAGAUCAGUUCCCUAAGCAGACGAUCCAUCCAGGAUCAUCUGUUAGAUUAGUUUCAGCUGCCUCAGAGCAACAGGCCCAGCUCCUUUAUGCGAAGGUUUAG